GCUCUUGUUUUUGAGAGGCACACACCCACAGAGGAUAAGCACAGAGGACACAAGGACACGCACAGAGACACGCACAGAGACGCACACUGCACGUUUCUGCAGAGAUGGCGCUGGCUCCACGGACUUACACACCUCUGCUGGACAUGUCCACCAUCCCCCCUCUGUCCUCGGGUGACGUUCAUCCUCAGUGCAUCACAGAGGAGGGGCUGUGGAGCACUGCACUCAUGGACUGCUUUGAGGAUGCAGCCACUUGUUGUUAUGGGUUCUGGUGCUGCCCAUGCCUCUCCUGCACAGUCUCUGGGAGACUUCAGCAGCCGUACUGCCUGCCCCUGUGUGACCUCCCAUGCUGUCUCGCCUCAACCUCCUGCCUGGUGCCUCUGCUAGUGCCCCCUGCUGGCCUCGCCUUGCGCCUGACCAUGAGGAACAAGUAUAAAAUCAAGGGCUCUGUGUUGGAUGAUAUGAUGGUGGCCUGCUGCUGCUCUUGGUGCUCUUGGUGUCAGAUGCAUCGUGAGCUAAAACGCCGAAUGAAUGUGAUCACCGUCCAAAACGUGGUGAGCGUGCAGCCCCCUUCCAUCGUGACCCCUACCACUGUGAAUAUGGCAACAGAAACUGGCCAUGGACAACGCCCAGCUCAAGUAUUAAACUAGCCUUAUGCUAACCCACGCUGCUAAACUGCUGUCACUUUAAAAAAUCUUAUAUUCCCUGUUCUAACCAUUCAAAUUAUUUUUCUAUUUAAAGAGACAUUGAGCUUUUUUAUUUUUUUUACAUUGUUCAUUGCAAACUUCACUGAUUUUUAAGGGCUGAGGUAUAAAAUGUUCUGUUCUGUUACUUAUAAAAAUGCAUCCAUUGACUUUCUAUUCAAAAUCCAGAACCGUUCAGUAUUUUGAAGUAAAUUUGACUUGGUGACUGAGAACUUCCUAACUACAGUGUUGAAUUUGUUCAAAACAUUUCAAGAACUAAGAAGUGUAAGAGUUUAAAUGUUUGUAUAAUAAAUAAAUACUGCAGAUUACUG